AGAGUCACAGCUGCGUAGAAGAAAAACACAAAAGCAUUGUUUGUUUUCAGUAUGUUAUAGGAGAACUGUACGGUUGGUCAUUCACAGUGCUAUUUCCUCUACUCUAUGGCGAAGAUGGUGCUUUUGCAAGAAAUUUACUGUCCUGAGCAGAUCGUGAUACCUGAAAAUUUUCACAUCACCCUAAAGCAGUAUGCGAAAGCGGUAAUACGAACGCAGCCGUUUGAUUUGUUACGGUGGUCGGCAGCAUAUUUCCGUAGUUUGGCACUCAGUGUGCAGCCCCCGGUUAAAUCACGCUACGAACCAGCAGGACACUUUAGGCAACUAACCACUGGCAUUGUUCGAGUAUUAAUUGAUCAGCUUGGGAAAGGUUAUUACGUACACAAGAAGAUCCUUCUGGAGAAGUGGGAAGGUUUAUGUCUGCCGGAAGAAGACUUAUUAAAUGUUCUGUCACUACUUCGGAUGUUGAAUUGGUCCCAACUCCAUUGGCUGAAGAUUAUUGCCGUUUUCAUCGGUCAACUGUGUAAAAACUUUACGAAAACCACAGAAAUGAUCUGUGAAAUGCUAACCGAAGAUCCAGAUGGAGGUGCAGCGUCGAUGCCGUUUUGGAUGUUCCGAGAGUGCUUUCUUGCGCUGGCCGAUUUGGACUGCAGCUCCGUGCAAAAGUUUGUCAACGGAAGGAAAGUUCUGGACGAAGAUACUGGGGCAUUGGAAGAGGAACAGAUGCCGCCCGCACUUCCGAAAGUUUUGUCAACAAUUUCAUUUAAAAAUGCCAUUAUUGACAAGUACCGUUCCACACUAGAGCAUGAAACCAAGCAGCAUCAUUUUGCUCUGUCCGGCAACAUCAACACUGACGACAACGACCAACUUUCGGAACCUUCGGUCGCUCCCUCGAGGCUGGAAUCUGAUUUUAAGUUUUUCGGCGAUGACACCGAUGCACAUGAAUCUCUCCGCAGGGCACCAGACUUUAACAGUGUCAUAGUUUUGCUGAAGCGACUUCGUGGCGAUGGGGCCAUUUCGAUGGUCAGUGAGAGCACCCUGUCCAAGGCUGCUCUAGAGCGUACGCGUGAACGUUCGAAACAAAUAGAAGAACUCAAGGUCUCGAUCAGUGAAGAGGAAUACAACAAACUGAAGGAACAAGAACGGCAUGAGCUGCUGAAGGAAAUGGGCCCACCAUGGUUAUUGUUGUAUCUGUUCUCUCAAGACUGCUCUCGUUCCAAAUCGUUCAAUUAUGUUGAGCAGUCCUCUACCUCUAUCUCGGACGACUCCGUAUCAGCAUAUUCGAUGGAAAACAUUUUCGAGGACACGUUGGAAUUGGAUCCAAGUGCCACUUUUGCACACGACCGUCGUAAAUCUAGCUUCUCUCUACCGGUAACACUACGGGCAAGGAUGAGCGUCAGCUCUCAUUCUGCAGCUUUCAUUACAAACGAAAUCCUCUCGAAGGUCGUCUGCUCCAUCGAUCAGGCAAUUAUUGACGGAGAGUGUGAGCUUUCAUUAGGCUCGAUAGCUAAUUUCUUGGAGGAAAAAUCUAACUCAAACGAAGAUUUUCUUGCUCCCGCUGAUCAUGAAAAAUUACAGUCAUUUCUAAAAGAAGCGGAAAGCCGUGAACUGGAAGUGAAAGACAUAAAUGAGCUGUACAACUUUUUUGUAAGUGAAAGCUUCAAGCGUGCCUUACAGGACAACGACAAUGAACCACAACAGAAGGAAAUAUUUAGCAUCUUUGGAGAAAGCGGAAUCGAAGUGGAUGCAAAUCUGCUUGAGGCUAAAAUUUCGGACAGUAUGAUACUAGGUCUAGUAGCACCACCGCCAAUAGAAGAACCCUCGGAAGAAACAAAAGAAAAAUCUGAAAGUGUAGAACUGAGUGCAAUUUUACCGACACCCUCCAUGGAUACACUGUUGCCAAUUGCCUGUGAAGGGAAUACACAGACUGAUCCAAUCGAAAUAGCCUGCGUGCAGCGUAAAAUACCUCUUGUUCCAACGGAUGAUCAGCGCAUUACAUAUAAAUGCAAAAUAUCUCCAAUACCAGGUAUCGGUACCCCUUUGGAUGAGACCGUUCGUGAUGCGUUUCUCACAUAUUUGGCACAACGUGCCGUAGAUCAACAAGGUUUGAUAUAUCCACGCAAUUUUCAUGAGGCUCUAUGCCCGCGCAUCGAGUGAUUUAACUAAAAACUGAGUGGAUUUCAAACAUAUGGCGAUCUGCUUUCAAUCUUGCCAAGGCACAUUUCCCCAAAAAACAUUUAUCAUGGUUCUACAGCUAUUAAGCGAUGAUUGUAUGCCAUAGGAAGUGUUGUUUUCAAAGGGAAAUGAUACGAUUUUUUAGUGCUUUAAAGCGUUGCUGCAAUAUACAAAAAUGAACACCCGAGUGCUAAAGAAUUCAAAAUCUUUUGUGCAAAGCCUGACUGCUGAAGAUAUAUAUUAUCGUCACGCACAUACCAUUUAUGAUACACAAUACAUACCACAUUUAUCACAUCAUUAUUCACUUGAGGAUGAAAUUUUCCAUUUUUCACCCUGCAGCACUGUUCAUGUGAAUUACUUAACGUACAUGUUGGAGCACUUGCUAAGCCAUCAUCAGCGUGAGAAACCUGAGAGUUUGUACAGCGUAUAUGGUGGUUCUCUAUCUAAAGACUAGUACUAGUACAAAACCUAACAAAACAUGUACAAUGAAAAUGUUUUUGUUUGCAAGCUUAUCAAACUAUAUUCCAUGGUAUUUGUAUUUCUAUUCAUCAACCAAAUUGUACCCAGGUCCAUCGAACGCACCAAUUACUAUGAUUCUUUUAACGGCUUGGCAAACGAAAACAGGCAUACAUCUCACCAUAUUUGUCUACACCUUCUUCUGAAUAUAAAUACCGGUACGAACAAAUGGUCAUGUGGCACUGUUUGCGGCAACAUUCGGCGGUCACUCAGGAAGGACAGAAAACAAAGCAUACCUGAACUGUGACGUAAAAAACCGUCCAGCUCAAAAAAAAAAAAAAAGAAA